AUGCAAGAAGACGACUCGCUACAUGUUGUCCCCGCACCGAUCGGGAAAAAGCGCAUCCCUAAGGCAUGCAGUGCUUGCCGACAGUCCAAAGUUAGAUGCGACGGGGAUCGACCAUGUGGGAGAUGUGAAAAGCUGGACAAACAAUGUGUCUUCUUCGAAGUUCCCAAAGACCCCGUGUCGGAGAGGCUCGAAAGCGUCGAGUCGGAGAUGCUAUAUCUCAGAAGACAACUGGACGAUAUGCGGGAACUUCUACAGCGAACAUGUGCAUCCCCAACUAUAAACUCCCAUCAUCUGUCACCCGGACAAAUACGAGGGCAGCGCCAGCAAACCUGUGGGGACAGUGCGUGUGCAUCAUCGUGCUCUCAGUCCGCUCAUUGCCAGGACAACAAUGGUGCCUUAGUUCCCAACAACGGCUCUGUGUAUACGAAUGGAGCUAUUCAUCCUUAUCCACGUUCUGUGCCGGAUGUCUCCCCAAAUAGUAUCCCAGUGCAGCCGUUGUACGAAUCACCUCAGGCGGAGCGUAGGGCCCUUAAGAGGAAGCGCUCCUGCUUUGAGAUACGUGACGAGGCCGUGGCGGAUUUUAUUGAUAAAGGGCUUAUUACGCUUGAAUGUGCCAUCUCUUGUUUCAAUACGUUUUUCCAGGGCUGCGAUCGAUAUAUUCCCAUCUUUGAUCCCGAGCAAGAUACAUUUGAAUCGGUACGCGCUCGGAGUAGCAUUUUACUCAAUGCUAUCUGCACCAUAGGCUGCAUGGUGGAAACAAAAUCUGGCGGGCCAAUGUCCGACAUGCUACAUGCCGAACUCAAAAAGUGGAUCAAUGUCAUCAUUCAAAACAAAGGCCUCAAUUCUCUUGAAUCAGUUCAGGCCAUGCUCAUAGUUGCCUGCUACUCCGGGGACCGUCUACUGAUCCUCUCGUUCGCUACUCGAAUGGCCCUUGACCUCGGUCUCCAUGAAGCCUUUGAGGAACUCACCGAGCGACUUGCGAUGAAGAAUGAUGAGAAUACUUAUGGUGUUCCGGAUCAUGAAUUUGAGAUAGAGCGCGUGCUCAUGCGUAAGUCGAGGACCUGGUUUGGGUUACUAGUAUUGGAACAUAUUUUCCGCGUGGACGCAGGAAAACCACCGGGAAUACGCCUAGUUGGCAAUUCCCGGAGAUGCAGGAUAUUAUUGAGCAAUCCCUCAUCCACUAUUCUGGACCUGCGAUUGUUCUCUCAAGUCGAGCUCAAUAUUCUCAGGGCCACGAUCAAUGACACAUUGGGUCCGGAGACUACGCUUGACCGACAAGGAAUAUCGGACUUUGUGCAUGAGAUGAAGAUCGAUCUCGAUCUGUGGUUUGAUGACUGGCUGCGAAUUGUCGAGGGCUCUAUCCCAGCUCAACAAGAGAAACCAUAUCUUCUCGUUGCUCUCCGCGUCCAAAAAUGUUGGGCUGAGAUGAUGCUUAACUGCAAAGCACUUCGGGCGAUGGGUGUGGAGAACGUAGCUGCCAUGACCGUCACCGAGCGACAUAUUCUCCUCGCCGCCAAAGCCGCCGCCCGCAGACAUCUUCGCCUCAUCAUCGUGCAGCCAGACUUCUACCUGGCCAAACUCAAGUACGCAAUGGAUUUCGUAUGGGCGAAAUGUGCCUUCUCCUUUUUGCUCCUACUCAAGCUCUCGCGCCUUCUUCCCGAGCGGGAAGAGGAACACCAUGAGCUUCUGGAACACGGCGCUAGACUGGUUGACGAGCUUAGCAAGGCUGGUUCAAACAACCAUCAAUCUGGAGCGGGAAACAUCUAUCUCCAAAUUCUCAAAGUCAGUAUCGAGAAGUACGGGCGUGCGUUACAAGAGUCUCAACACCCCAGUACUGGGGGAUCCAGCGGUACAUCGCCAUUUUGGGAACUGUUCGAUGCACAGGCAGAUCUGCAGUGGUUCAUGCCUGAGCAGUUCGUUUCAGAGUGGGACUUCCCAGGUUUGAACCUCUUCUAUUUCCCCACCGCGAUGCAGGAUUUCUUCGGAGAUUUCUCAUUGGCUAUGUGA